AUUGUUCUACAAACCCUCCUUUCCUGUUGUCACACGGCAACGUAAAAACGUGGAGCUAGAAACUAACCUGUGUUCACUGGAACUAGCUAGCUAGCUAGCUUUGUAUUAUCAAUGUUAUGAGAGAGCAGUGUCUGUACCGGCCUCUAAAAUGCAGAUAUCCAGUGUAAAUGAUGUGAAGAUUUAUAAUUUAAGCCACGGCAAAUCUCUUCCUGAGUGGCUUUCAGACCGGAAGAAGAGAGCAUUACAGAAGAAAGAUGUUGACAUUCAGCGCAGGAUUGAGCUCAUACAGGACUUCGACAUGCCCACGGUGUGCACCUCCAUCAAAGUGUCAAGGGAUGGGCAGUUCAUACUUGCUGCAGGAACAUACAAACCACGGAUCCGCUGCUAUGAUACUUUCCAGUUAUCCUUGAAGUUCGAGCGUUGUCUCGACUCGGAUGUCGUUGCCUUCGAUAUCCUCUCUGAGGACUACUCCAAGCUGGUGUUUCUACACUGCAACCGAUAUGUGGAGUUCCACUCCCAGCACGGCCACUACUACAAGACCCGCAUACCCAAGUUUGGAAGGGACUUUUCUUACCACUACCCCUCCUGCGACCUUUAUUUAGUUGGGGCGAGUUCGGAGGUGUUCAGACUGAAUCUGGAGCAGGGCAGGUUUCUCAGCUCCCUGCAGACCGACGCUGUGGAGCACAAUGUGUGCGACAUCAACCCUGUCCAUCAGCUGUUAGCCACAGGAACAACCGAGGGGAAAGUGGAAUGCUGGGACCCCCGGGUGAGGAACCGUGUGGGGCUGCUGGACUGCGCCCUGAGCAGUGUGGCAGAGGGAACAGAGGUGGAAGGUUUACCAUCUGUGAGUGCGCUGAAAUUCAAUGGCUCUCUCACUAUGGCAGUGGGCACCAGCACUGGACAGGUACUUCUGUAUGACCUGCGCUCCAAUCGCCCCCUGCUGGUAAAGGACCACUACUACGGCCUACCCAUCAAAUCCCUCAACUUCCAAGACCACUUAGACCUGGUGCUGUCCGCGGACUCCAAGAUCAUCAAGAUCUGGAACACUGACACGGGAAAAGUGUUCUCCUCCAUCGAGCCCCAGACCAACAUCAACGAUGUGUGCAUCUACCCCAACUCAGGGAUGCUUUUCACAGCCAACGAGGACCCCAAGAUGAAUACCUUCUAUAUCCCGGCGCUGGGACCGGCACCUCGCUGGUGCUCGUUCCUCGACAACCUGACUGAGGAGCUGGAGGAGAGUCCGGAAAGCACCGUCUAUGACGACUACAAGUUUGUGACCCGCAAGGACCUGGAGAACCUGGGUCUAUCACAUCUGGUGGGGUCUUCUCUCCUGAGGGCCUACAUGCAUGGCUUCUUCAUGGACAUCAGGCUUUACCAUAAGGUGAAGACUAUGACCAACCCGUUUGCAUACGAGGAGUACCGCAAGGAUAAGAUCCGUCAGAAGAUAGAAGAGUCUCGGGUCCAGAGAGUACAGGUCAAGACGCUGCCCAAGGUGAACAAGGACCUGGCCCUUAAGCUGAUGGAGGAGGGAGACAAUGAGGCGGAACUGGCCGCCCGCAAGAAAAAGGGAAAGGUUGUACCAAGCAUCCUUGGCGACAACCGUUUCCAAGUGAUGUUCGAGAACCCCGACUACCAGGUGGACGAGCAGAGCGAGGAGUUCCGCCUGCUCAACCCCAUCGUCUCCAAGGUGGGCCAGAACAGGAGGAAGAAGCUGCGUCUCCUGGCCCAGCAGGCCACCGACGCAGAGCAGGCGGAGGAGCGGGGGGAGGAUGAGCCUGAGGGCCAAGCCAGCUCGGACGAGAGCUCGGACGAUGACAAGGGCUGGGUGGAUGAGCUGAGGGAGCAGAAGCACCUGCUGUGGAUGGAGGCACGCGAUCGCAGACGUCAGAACAGGAAGCAGCUGGACCGCAACACCACCCUGGUGGACCAGGACCAGAACCAGGGCCAGGCCCAGGGGAAGAUAACCCAGAGUCAGCCCCGGUUCUUUCAGAUCAAGGCCGGUGAGGAGUUCCGCAGCUUCAGGGAUGUCUCCAGGAAACAGAAGCUGCAGAAGGCUUCUCUGGAGGACCGCCUGAAGCUGGAGGAGUCCUCGGGUACCGUGAGCAUGGCUGACACGGCGGUGGGGAGCAAACAGGUCACAUUCACCCUCAAGAAGUCUGAGCAGCAGCAGAGGCAGCAGGAGGCGGAGAGAGAUCACCACCAGGAGAGGAAGAAGCUGAGGCGCUCUGCGGGACACCUCAGCAGUGCCAGGGGCCGUGGGCGGGGCCGCGGGCGGGGGAGAGGGAGGGGCCACUUCUGAGUCCUACUAACCUACAGUUGACGAACCCACGUGUGCUUCCCCCCCCCCCCCCCCCCCCCCUCCACCAGCCUGUGUUUACCAACAUCUCUUUAAGAGAGUGAUUUGUUGUUGUUUGACUGUGUUGGCCAAACGGCUUAUCCAUCCGUUCGAUAUGCCCCCCGUGCCCCCAGACCUCUGGACGGUCACGCUGUCAAACGACUUGCUAAUGAACAGACACCUUUGAUGAAGCGUAUUACUGCCUCAUGCCUUAGGACUGGAGUUGUUGUAGUACAGAAACCAGUUGAAAGGCCAACCUUCUAGUUCUGUAUUGAACUCAGUACUCAGUAAUGAGUUAUGUUCUUAGUGGGUACACAGCACUAGAAAGGUUCCCUGUUUUUUUAGACUGGUAUGUGAGGGAGAGAGAGGUGUGUGUGUGUGUGUGUGUGUGUGAAGGACACGACACCGUCCUUUGUGUUCUCCCUGCUCAUUGUUGUGCCAACAUCCUGUACGGUGUCAUGUCUAAACCAUAAACCAUCUUUUUAUUAUAUGGACAA